AUGGGAUUCAAAACUUAUGUUGAUCAAGAUGAAUCAGAUGUUUCGAUUGAUAUCACAAAGUAUCGAGGUAUGACUGGUUCCUUACUAUAUUUGACGAUAAACCGUCCUGAUAUAAUGUUUAGUGUGUGUCUUUAUGCGCGGUUUCAAGCCAAUCCAAAGGAAUCGCAUCACACCGUUGUUAAAAGGAUCAUGAAGUAUCUCAAAGGAACAACAAAUGUCGGCCUAUGGUAUCCAAAAUGUAGUAUAUGUGAUUUAGUUGGAUAUUCUGACUCGAAUAAUGCAGGACUGUUGGAAACAAGAAAGUCAUUAAAAGAGGAUUGUUCUCUUAAUGAACUUAGUGAUAAAUCCAAGAGGAUUGUUCUUGGUGUUCUUGUUAAAGUCUGUAUAGAAAGACUAGGUUGUCUUGUCCAUAAGAUCUAA